UCCAAAGUGGCAUGAAUCUUCAGACGCAGAAAAGUGUCCGCAUUUAUAUGCGAGUCGGUGUGCCACUGAGCAUCUUCAUCAUGUGCAUCCUACUACGAAAACGAGUCCGAACAGCCCGCAGACUGUUGUUCGCGUGGAUCUACUCCCGUUACUUCGCGAACUCGAAUGCGAAGACCUUGGCGCAGUACAAGCGACAGUUGUUCAGUACCAUGCGCGAAAUCAAAUCUUGCGACGAAAGCCUGAGAGGAAAGGGUCAUAUUCGAAUAGUCGAAAUUGGAAUCGGAACAGGUACAAACUUGGAGUACUAUCCAGAAGGAUGCCGUCUCAUAUCCGUGGAGCCAAAUAGCUACUUCGAGAGUCUCUUCAAGAAGAACAGAAAUGCGUUUCCUGGUGUUGUGGUAGAAAAAUUUGUACGUGGGUCAGCAGAAGAUAUGUCUGCGAUACCGUCAGGUAGCGUUGAUUGCGUGGUUUCAACGCUGGUGCUUUGUUCUGUGGACGAUCUGGCGAAUUCCAUUCGGGAAGUCAAGAGGAUUUUGGUUGAGGGUGGCCACUUCUACUACAUAGAACAUGUUGGCUACGAAAGAGGCACCUGGGCCAACACAUUGCAGCGGCUCGUUGAACCCUUCUGGUCAGCUGUUAGCGAUGGAUGUCAGCUCACCAGGGAGACGUCCCUGCAAGUUGAUCUGAUAGGCUUCAGGGCCAUCCGUGAGAACCUUUACUUCCCUGAGGCGCUACCGUACGUCGCACGGCCGAUCUUGGUAGGAGUUGCUGUGAAGUGAGUCAACGGUAGACACCGUGGUUACGGCGAAUGAAAUCUUGUGCCUCUCACGAGCUGCGGGCAUUUCAAACCUCCGUGCAGAGGUGAAAUGUGAAUCACAUUUUGUUAUCCUAAACGAGUGACGGCAUGCAUGUAAACAGACCAAGUCAUGUGCAGAUCACUGUACUGUCAAACUAUAUGUAUACAUGUAAAUAUUAAUAUAAAAAAUAUUUUAUUGCA